AUGAUCGUUAGGGUGGGCUUCGACUGGAUGGAACUCGGUACCUCUCUACUACACCCAUGUAUACCACAAUAUUCUUUUGAGGUUGCUUUUGACGGGGUCAAUCUUUCUUCCGAUGUGCUGGGCAAAAAGAUCAGUCACGAGGAAAGGUGUGAGCAAGUAGUGGAGUACCAAGCGCGCAACGUUGAUGUGCUUGAAGGCUCGACAGCGCGUGACGCUUGGUGGCGCCACCAGGGGUGGAUGGUGCGGCCAAAGUGCGGUGAGCAAGCUGAUGCUCCGAACAGGGUUGCUCCCGUCUGCGCCCUGCCUCUGCGUCUUUUGUCCAGCCCAGGUUGGCAAUCUGGUAUUUGUCGUGACGUAGCCAUGAACGGCGAGCUCAAGCAGCCUUGUGCCACCGGCAAGGCUUAUUGUCCUCUGUCCAACUUCUUGAUGCACGGCCGGACUGCAGAGGCUGAAGGAAAGGCUUUCGUGCCGGGAUUUCCUCGUCCAGCCUCCGUACACAAUACGGUAGCCCCAAGCGACGGCCAUGAGGCGAGAAGGAGAGCCUGGGUGUUUUCAGAUGGAUGUGGAUACAUGGCUGCAUCCUGCAAGCAAUCGACACGUAGUCGCGCGCACGGUCGUCAAUCCGAUGGAGGGGAAACAUCGGCCCGUUGUGAUAAGCGGGCACUUGUUCCUUUCCGACUGUCUAUCUACUUACUUGAAUACUCACUCACUCACCACCUGGGCAACCCUCAAAGCCUCCUGGGUUGGUGGUCUCUCUUGAUACGCACGCAUGCAAAUCUCCCCAACCUCCUUGUCCUCCCAACACAUAUCGCUACAAUGCCGCCCGACCCAAAGGAUGCUCCCUUUCCCACCAAACAGCUCAUCAUCAUUGGAAUAUGCCGAUUCUCCGAGCCUCUUGCCUUCAACUCCAUUCUCGCCUACUCAUGGCUGAUGGUCCAGGACUUGGGCAUUCCCAAAGACGAUGCUUCCUUCUACGCCGGCCUGUUGGUCUCGGCUUAUGCCAUUGCAGAGGCCAUGACGGCUCCAGGGUGGGGUAUGAUCUCUGAUGUCUAUGGCCGAAAACCGGUCGCGCUCAUUGGUUUGGCUGGCGUCGCCAUGUCGAGCAUUGUCUUCGGUAUGGCGCCCACGUACUGGGUUGCACUGCUUGCCCGCUUUAUUGGCGGGGCUCUAAAUGGAAAUGUGGCUAUCAUGCAGACCAUGGUUGCUGAAAUGGUCAAGAACCCAGCACAUGAACCCAAAGCAUAUGCCACGCAGCCUUUUGUCUGGACGCUGGGAGGCAUCAUCGGUUCGGCCAUGGGCGGCUUCCUGGCCCGUCCAGCAGAGUUCUUCCCCAAUACGUUUGCCCAAGAUGGCCUCUUUGGACGUUACCCGUAUCUUUUGCCCAAUCUCGCAGCGGCCAUAGGAAUCGUCUUAGCCAUCAUUCAAGGUUGCUUCUUCCUAGAGGAAACCUUGGUACGUGAGGAAAAGGAAGAAAACAGCACCACGGAUUAUCACGACUACCAUGACCACCUCGACACGAUCAACGAGUCCAACGAAAGAAGCCGUCUCCUCCCUCCACAGACCCAUACUCGGGACCGUGAAGUCCGUGGUUCCAUGGCCGGAUCGUUACGGCCCAGGGGAUCUAUUGCGAGCUUUACUCGUGAACGCUUGGCUUCCAUCUCUGUUCAAGGCAGCAUGCGACAAAUCCGUAAGCGCGCGUCGUUCAUGGAGGAGGGCAUGCCGAUGCCUUUUGACCAGCGCUUCGAUAUCCGCCGCUCCUCGUUCGGUACCAUGCAUUCGAUUCGGAUUGCACCACACGAUGUAUUGCCUAUGCGCAGACAGCCCGCCCCCAAGCCCCGCAAAACUUUCAAUCAGACUGUGGCCAUGGUCAUACUUGCCAUGUCUAUUUUCGCUUUCCAUCAAAUGGCUUUCGUCUCCAUUCUCCCAGUUUACAUCCAGGAUAAGCCAAUCCAUACUGGCUUGGACUUUAAGGGUGGCCUCGGGAUGGACUUGCCACAUGUGGGUACGUUUCUGGCAGUCAAUGGCGUCAUUACACUGUUCGUCCAAGGCUUUAUUUUCCCCAUCUUUGUAGAAUGGGCUGGUGUCUGGAGGACGUUCAUCUGGAUGAUCAUCCUCUACCCGACGACUUACAUCAUCGUCCCAUUCAUCACCGCUCUUCCACAUGAGUUUUGGUCGCCUGGUGUCUACUUUUCGCUCGUCCUACAGGCAUUCUAUGGCAUCCUCGUGUUCCCAUGUGCGUUGAUUCUCAUGAAGAAGGCCAUACCUUCACCACUUGUACUCGGCCGCGUAAAUGGCAUCGCCAUGUCCGCCUGCUGUCUAGCUAGGACGGUUUCCUCCCCGCUUGUCGGACUCUUCUACUCUCUCGGUGGUUCUGGAGUCGCUUUCUUUGGUCUGGGUCUUGUGGCGUUCAUUGGUGUCAUACAGUUGAUCUGGGUUCCCAAGGAGGAGAUAGGUGCCGUACAGGUUGACAAUGGGCUCAAGAAGGUCCUUCACGACGCGGAUGAGGAUGCUAUUGAUGACAUCUCAGUGAUUGAGUCCGUCCGAUAG